AGGUCACUGAAGUUGUCCAGGAGAGUGGAUAGUGGCUGAGAACGGGCCGGUGGCCAAGUAAGCAGAUUCGAGCUAUAAUCCCGGCGUUUCCUUCUAUGCUUACAAAGACGCUUCUCUUGGCAGAGUAGACGUAGGCACAGAGUUAAGACAGAGGAGCUUAGACGAGAAAAAGAAACAAACACUGACUAAAAAAGUAAAAAUCUCCAGCAGGUAGGUCAUUCGAAAUUGGUAAACCCCAGAGGCAAUUCUAGAUGUCUUCGGAUCUACGAGCUUCCCAGCAAGUGUCCUACCCAGAGAGGCUAAGCCAAGAGGCCAGCGCUGGCCCUAGACUUGCCAAGAGCCUAGGAAGGGGAGAGAGGAGGCAUCUGGCAGGAAGCCCAUCCAAUUCUGCGGGUGUUUCUAUGAGGUCCCUACGGAUGAGACAACAGAACUUGAACUCUCAGCCCCUCCCCGAGAGAGGAACACAACGCUGGUUCACGCAAGGCACAGAUCCAGACAGCUGUGCAAUUCCAGAGAUGAGUGCCGGGCAAAGAACUCGGCCUGGUGCAACAAGAUAAGGCUAGAGCCGAAGUGCGAAGCCUCGAAUGCCUUCUAGAGCUCAGCCUUGAUGGGCUGCUCUCUGAGGAGACCCUGAGGGAUCUGAGCCAAGACCCGUGGAGAGGCGUUUACGCUGGGGGUAGCAACAUUACGGCGGAGUGCGCGGCAACGCGGAGGCACAUUAGGUGCUGUGUCCCGGCAUCGCCGCCGUCCGCGCAGGGGGCAAGGGCUGCUGCGGCGCGGGCUGCUGUGGAAAUCGUUGCAGGAUGCUGCGCUCCGUCUUCUCCUCGGCCUUCGGGAUGCUGGGCGCCAUCUACUGCCUCUCGGUGUCGGGAGUCGGGCUCCGAACUGGACCCAAAUGCUUAAUAAACGGCCAGUGGGACUACCACUUCAAAGACGUCCCAGGCUCCUACUUGCGCAACCGCACGCUGUGGGACGCGUGCGAGGAACCGCCCCGCGUGGUGUACUGGAACGUGACGCUCUUCUCGCUGCUGGUGUUCGUGUCGUGCCUGGAGCUGGUGCUGUGCGGGGUGCAGCUGGUGAACGCCAGCCUCGGCGUCUUCUGCGGCGACUGCAGGAAGAAGGAGGUGGGGCGGCGCGGGGGGGAGCCGGGGCGAGGACCUCCUGGCUCCCUGGCCGCGUCCUCACCCCGUCUUUCCCGCAGGGCGCCGCUUGCUGAGGCCCCACCCGCCGCCCUGCUCGCUCUCGGACGCCGCCGGCCCUCCCCGCCCUGGAAUAAACCUCUGAGCUCUCGUGCGCAUGCGCGUCUCAGGUUGCUCCCAAUGCGCUGGGGGGGGGGGGGGGAGGGGGGACGACGUCCCAAGGCCUCCAGACACGCCUGGCCUCGGGGCGCUCCUCUGUGGGCCCCCGCAAGUUUUCUUAACACGUAGUUACUGAGCCGUUGGCGUGCCCCCGAAUACGGUGGUAAGCAAGACAGGCACGUUCUAGGCGCUCAAAGAAUUUCACA